CUUUGUUGUUUCGUUCUUCGUUUCAUUUUUGUGUUUUUUCUUUCUAAUAUAUUCUUGGUUACUUCCUUUAUGUCAGUUUUAGUUGUGGAUUUCUUUUUAACAACACUUUCGUUGUUUCUUUCCCUUUCCCUACUGCUUGCGAAGACUUCCUUAUCUGUACUGUACUAUUAUCCGGCGAUCAACAGUACCCACCCAAACCUUUUAAUCGGGAAUCGGGAUGUUGGGCGAAGGAUUUGCUCGUUACGAAUGGCACAACGUGGCCGGCACCCGAACAUUAAUCUUAAAAGUUGGCUCUGCUUCUGACAACCUUCUGAUACCAUCAGUAUCUGCUCCAGAUAAAGCGAGUAGCGAGUGUGCUGAAGACAUGGAUGAGCAUGUCGGCCCGCGCCGAAUGAUAUUAAUUGUGCCUGGUAGGCUAGCAAUAAACGGAACCACAGUUUUCUGUCAAAUGGAUCGUCAAGUAGUUCGCGCUGUUAUGUGUAUGCUAACAGGAAAUCCCGGGAGUAUCCAAUUCUACGAAGAGUUUGCCGUGCGUCUGUGGGAGCUUCUGGGUGCUUCGAAGGCUGAUGCCGUAUGGGGCGUUUCCCAUGCUGGACAUGUUUUCCACUCAAGCUUGACGGAGGAAAUUUUUGAUGGGAAUGAUUAUCCCAACCUCCGCUUCCAGAUAACCCACAAAUCCCAUUUUGUGCGGGAGUGCAUUCCCGAGAGUGUCGAGGAAAUUGUUCUAAUUGGGCAUUCCAUUGGUGUUUACAUCAGUCUUAAAGUUCUGGAUGAGCUGUCACGGUCUUCAUGGUCAGAUAGAAAGUUACGCGUCAUCGGUCUCUUCCCGACGAUUGAACGCAUGGCCAUUACGCCGCAUGGGCGGUUGUACACUCCAGUGUUGAGAUACUUCCGUUGGUUCUUAUUGCUGACUGUUUACGGAUUGUCCUGGCUGCCCGAAGGCCUGCAACGUCUGGUAUUCCGUUGGUACGGACCCGACAUGGCUGACCACCAUUUUUGUGCCAUUCGCGGUUUGACCAAUUACCACAGUUUCCGGAAUAGCAUUUUAAUGGCCAGAGACGAGAUGGAGCAAGUGCUGGAAUUGGAUGGGGAUUUAAUUGAACGCUAUGUUGACCGUGUGGUGAUGUAUUACGGGAAUUGUGAUCACUGGUGUCCGGUGGAUUAUCACACGAAUAUUAAGCAAAUGUUCCCGGCCGGACAGUUUCAUCUCUGUGAUCAAGGAUACGAGCAUGCGUUUGUUCUGAAGCACUCGUUGCCAAUGGCGCAGCUCGUGGCAAAGUGGCUAACUUGACUGUGAGAUUGUCGUAGUCUUUUGUGAGCCGGUGCCACUGGGAAUAUCGGGCCGAUUUUUCUUCGGUCUGAUUUUCCAGAUAUCUUCAGAAAUUUUACUGAAUAGUUUUACACACAGGUGUUGCGCGUAUAGAAAUUUCUUGAAUG